GCGCCGCGACGGAGGGGACGGAACUGCCCGGACCCCAGCGCUGGCGGAGCGGCGCCGAGGAGCAGCGCGGCGGAGCGGGCGCAGCGCCCGGGGCCGGCGGCAGGAGCAGCGGAGCCGCCCGGCCCGGCCCGGCCCGCAGCCCCGCCGGGGAGACUCUGCUCCCCACAAAUCAUAUGACCCAACAGCAGCGGGAGCUCUUAAUGCUUAUAUUGCUUUGGGAUGAGUCCAGAUUCUUCUCAUCUGUGGCCACUGGGAGUUUCUUUCCCUUCCUCAGAAUAGUAGUUGGUCUAUGUAAGCAGGUGCCAUUCCCAACCUGCCCUCGGAUGCAAUUCACUAGGGCUAGGAGGAUCACAAGUUGAUUUAAUGUGGGACAGCUGGAAAGUCCAGAUGAAUGGUAACUUUGAUCACUUGAAGGGCUGCCUUACAAAAGAAAAUGAGCAGGUAAUGCACAAGGAGCACCACUGGGAACCAUGUCAGACGAGUCAAUCUCAGGGAGUGAUCCGGACCUGGACCCGGACUUGGAGCAGGAGGAUAUGGAAGAGGAGGAGGAGGAAGAUGAAGAGGAAGCAAUGGAGGAGGAGGAAAAUGAUGGGGAUGAUGAGGAAGACUUACUCGAUGAGAAUGACCAGCCCCAGGAAGCUGUGUUCAGUAAUGACCAUAUUCAACACAAUGAGGAUGGGGAAUGGCAACGCUCUACUUCAACUACCUCAUCUCAGAGCAAGCGGGCAGAGCGACUCUUACAGAACCAGCACAAGGGCCUGGCCUCUGAGGACACCAAAAAGAAGAGGGCUCAGAAACCUUCUCACAUGAGGAGGAACAUUAGAAAACUUCUGCGGGAGGACCAGUUGGAGGCUGUGACAAAAGCAGCCCAGCAGGAGGAGCUAGAGAGAAGAAAACGGCUAGAGCAGCAGAGGAAGGACUAUCCAACUAGCAUCCCUACUGUACCUCUUGAGUUCCUUUCAGAGGAAAUAGUGUUGAGAACAGCGGAGGCCACCCAGCUUCCCCCUCAGGUCCUAGCUGAGGAAGUGAUCUGCUUGGAUAGCAGCAGCAGUGGCAGUGAAGAUGACACAAAAGGAAAAAAUAGCACUAAAGAUGAAGUGAUAGAAUUGAGUUCAGGAGAAGACGAUGCCCUCCAGAUUGUGGACAGCAGUGACUCUGCCAAUGAGGGGGAGGAUGAUGGUACUGAAGAGAGCAGUGGUGCUCAUGUGAAUGAUGCCUUAAAUCAGUCUGAUGCUCUGGGGCAAGUCAUUAUCAACAUCAACCAUCCACCAAAUGAAGAGGACAUUUUUCUAGCUCCACAGCUUGCACGUGCAGUGAAGCCUCACCAGAUUGGCGGGAUCCGGUUUCUGUAUGAUAACCUGGUGGAAUCACUGGAGAGAUUUAAAACCAGCAGUGGGUUCGGGUGCAUCUUAGCCCAUAGCAUGGGGCUGGGGAAGACCAUUCAAGUGAUUUCUUUCUUGGAUGUACUGUUCCGGCACACAGAGGCAAAGACAGUCCUUGCUAUUGUACCUGUGAACACUCUCCAGAACUGGCUAGCUGAAUUCAACAUGUGGCUCCCUGCACCUGAAACCCUUCCUGCUGAUUAUAAUCCAGAAGAGAUUCAGCCCCGUACCUUCAAAGUCCAUAUCCUGAAUGAUGAACACAAGACAACAGCUGCCCGUGCAAAAGUGGUGAAUGACUGGGUAACGGAGGGUGGAGUACUGCUGAUGGGGUAUGAGAUGUAUCGUCUCCUCUCCCUGAAGAAGUCCUUUGCCACUGGCAGAAAGAAGAAAACAAAGAAACAAGCUGGCCCUGUCAUUAUUGACUUGGAUGAGGAAGACCGACAGCAGGAGCUUCUGAAAGGAAUUGAGAAGGCUCUGUCCCGUCCUGGACCGGAUGUGGUUAUCUGUGAUGAGGGACACCGGAUAAAGAAUUGCCAUGCCAGCACUUCCCAAGCCCUGAAGAACAUCCGUUCCCGGCGACGGGUGGUACUGACUGGCUACCCGCUCCAGAACAACCUUAUUGAGUAUUGGUGCAUGGUAGACUUUGUCCGGCCUGACUUCCUGGGCACCCGGCAAGAGUUCAGCAACAUGUUUGAGCGUCCCAUCCUGAACGGGCAGUGUAUUGACAGCACUCCUCAAGAUGUUCGUCUCAUGAGGUACCGCAGUCAUGUCCUGCAUAGUCUACUGGAGGGCUUUGUGCAGAGGCGAGGCCACAAUGUGCUGAAGAUUCAGCUUCCCUCUAAGGAGGAACAUGUCAUCUUAGUGCGUCUGUCAAAGAUCCAACGGGCUCUUUACACAGAGUUUAUGAACCGAUUCCGGGAUGCAGGCAACAGUGGCUGGCUGGGACUGAACCCACUUAAGGCUUUCUGUGUCUGUUGUAAGAUCUGGAACCACCCUGAUGUACUGUAUGAAGCACUGCAAAAGGAGAAUCUGGCAAAUGAGCAGGACCUGGAUGUGGAUGAUCUUGGCACAGCCAGUACCAAUUCUCGCUGCCAGCCACAGGGAAUGAAAAUCAAAACAGAGAGUAAUGCAUCACCAAUUGGAGAAGCAACCAACAGCAAGUUCAUCCAGAGUGUUGGUUUCAAUCCUUUUCAGGAAAGAGCAAAUCAGGUCGUUACGUAUGAGUGGGCCAAGGACAUCCUUUGUGAUUACCAGACUGGAGUCUUGGAGAACUCACCCAAGAUGGUGUUACUGUUCCACUUGGUUGAGGAGAGUGUAAAGCUUGGAGACAAGAUUUUGGUUUUCAGCCAGAGCCUGUCCACGUUAUCUGUCAUUGAGGAGUUCUUGGCAAAGAGACAGAUACCCAAUCCUGCAGGUUCAGAUGGAGGAGUUCAUAACUGGAUCCGAAACAUCAACUAUUACAGACUGGAUGGCAGCACAUCUGCCUCAGAAAGAGAACGAUUGAUUAACCAAUUCAAUGACCCCAGCAACAGCUCUGUUUGGCUCUUCCUUUUGUCCACUCGAGCUGGGUGUUUGGGUGUCAACCUGAUUGGAGCAAACAGAGUGGUGGUGUUUGAUGCUUCUUGGAACCCGUGCCAUGAUGCUCAGGCAGUGUGUCGGGUGUACCGCUAUGGGCAGAAGAAGCCUUGCCACAUUUACCGACUGGUUUCUGAUUACACCCUGGAAAAGAAAAUCUAUGACCGCCAGAUCUCCAAGCAGGGGAUGUCAGAUCGUGUGGUAGAUGAUCUUAAUCCAGUGCUGAACUUCACUCGGAGGGAGGUGGAGAACCUCCUGCACUUUGUCGAAGAGGAGUCAGACCCUGCCCAGCUGUCAGUCAACAAGAACAAGAUCAAGGAGUCUGUCCUCCAGCUAGCCUGUCUCAAGUACCCUCACCUCAUCACCAAGGAGCCUUUCCAGCAUGAGUCGCUGCUGAUUGACCGGAAGGAGCACAAGUUGACCAAGGCAGAGAAGAAAGCAGCCAAAAAGAGCUAUGAGGAAGAGAAGCGAGCAUCCGUCCCCUACACCCGUCCAUCCUAUGCACAGUAUUACCCUGCCAGUGACCAGAGCCUGACAAGCAUCCCUGCCUUCAGUCAAAGGAACUGGCGACCAGCUCACAAGGGUGAAGACAAGCCAGUGGCAAGUGUCCGCCCUGUUCAGUCCACCCCCAUUCCUAUGAUGCCUCGGCAUGUUUCAAUGGUAGGCUCGGGAUCAACUUCUGGUUCCAACCCUGCUGUCAACUUCCCCAUCAACUAUCUACAGCGGGCUGGUGUCCUUGUCCAGAAGAUAGUCACCACCACAGAUAUUGUGAUUCCAGGGACAAACACAUCCACCGAUGUGCAGGCAAGGAUCAGUGCUGGUGAGAGCAUCCACAUAAUCCGUGGGACGAAAGGGACAUACAUCCGGACCAGCGAUGGGCGCAUUUUUGCUAUCCGCACCACUGGGAAGCCAAAGAGCAAUGAAGACCAUCGAGCAGCUGCCUCAGGCUCCCAGGGCCCGUCUCUUGAAUCCACGAGCAACGGCAGACACAGUGCCUCCUCACCUAAGCUCCCCAACACUGAGGAGCUCACUCGACCCAUUUCCCCAGACAGCCCAGAGAUCAUCAGCGAGCUGCAGCAGUACGCAGAGGCAGCUGCUGCCCGGGAGUCUCGCCACAGCUCCCCCAGCACUAACGCAGUGCAAGGACACCCUGCCCGGACAGACAGCCUGGCCCCCUUGGCAGCCCGGGGAGCUGAGCAGCGGUCUGGGAUCCAUUGCUUGGCUCCCUCAGGUUCUUCAGCCCUGCCAGCUGCCAGCCAACAUGUUGAUGGCCACACAGCACUGGACUUGAGGGGCAACAAGCGCAAAUCAACAUCGCCUUCUGUCCCGGAGGAACAUGCCCGUCGGCAGCAAAAAAAGCGCCAGCUGCCAACGGCGGUUCAGCCGUUGGAACACGGGUACCCAGUCUCUGGUGGGUUCACCAUGCCUCCUGUCUCUCUAAACCACAACCUAACCCAUCCGUUUGUCCCCCAAGCAGGAAACUCCUUGUACAUGGGCACUGGCUCCUCCUACUACCAGCUGCCCAAUUUUCUCUCAGAUCCUCACCUGGUGUUCCCUGUGACUACUGACCCUCUGCUGACAGCUGGCACAGCCAGCUCCUCUGCUGCUACCUCAGCCACAGCCAGCGUCCCCCCAUUCAUGCUCAACCCCUCUGUGACGGGGAUGCUGCCCAACUACUCACUUCCCUUCACGCAGUCACUCCUGCCCGAGCCCAGGAUGUUUGCUCCUUUCCCUGCCCCUGUCCUGCCAGGCGGCCUUUCCAGGAGCAUGGCAUCUGCCUACCCUGGCUACAUGUCCCCUCAAUCGGGUUACCCGGCCGGGGGCCUCCUUCGGUCCCAGGUGCCUCAGUUUGAAUCCCAGGAGGUCCCAGAGGUGGGAUGCAGCUCCAAUGAUGAGGACAAAGACGACGAUGUUAUAGAGAUCACAGGGAAAUAAUGGGCCCGGCUCCUGCUAGAUCUUAACUCAGCCAGGAGGCAAGUGUUGCAGGACCUUUUGGAGUCAGGAUUUCACCUCCAGGAUAUGGCAGCAGGGGUGGAGGAGGAUACCAAGUGGGUGGCAUUAGUAGAGAUGGAGGAUCUGCAUUGUAGUGGGGGUGGGGAAGGGUGAGGAAAUACA